UUUUUAGAUUUGAAACAUCGAUGAUAAACAUCGAUAUAUUGUUUACAUCCCUAUUUAUUUACUUCUGUUGGUACACGCUUUACAACUCAUAUCAUGUGUGGAAUAUUUUGUGGUAUAAACUGUAGUAUAAUUAAUGGGAGUACUGAACUUCAAAAUGUUUUGAUACGGCGAGGACCUGAUUAUUCAUCUUCCAUUUCUAUACAUUACAAUAAUGUGCAUUUGGAGUUCGCUUCUUCAGUACUUUGGCAACAAGGAUUAAGUAUUUCUCCACAACCCUAUGAAGCUGGAAAUUUUAUUGUACUAUUUAAUGGCGACAUUUUUAAUAUACCUAAUGAGUUACAUUCGAUGUCAGACACGGAAUGGUUAGCAAAAGAAGUUUCAAAAAGCAAAAAUGAAAUGGAUAUAUGUAGAUUAAUUCAAUCCUUAGAGGGACCAUUUAGUCUCAUAAUAUUCAACAAAAGUAGUGGAACUCUUUAUGUAUGCAGAGAUAUUUUGGGCCGCAACUCUUUAAUAAUGGAAAAAGAUGAUUUGAAAUUUCGUUUAAUGAGUACAUCAUAUAAUUUUGACGAGAAAGGAAGAGAGCAACCUUCAAUGGAAUUACCACCUCUGGGAUUAUAUACAAUUAACGUUACUUCGCCUAUGGAGUGGAAACUAUUUCCUUGGAAACAAACUGUUCAUACGGCAUCAAAUGAAAUAAACAACUUGAAAGAAAUUUUUGAACUAAAUAUCUCUAUUGAGAAUUGCUUGCAACCAAAUUGGUUAUACAGUGAUAUAAAAACCCCGAAAUAUUUUAAUUUCUAUGAAAUGUGCAGAAAUCUGGAUACCAACUGCGAUAACAUGUUUGAACUUUUACUGGAAAACAAAGUUUUAUUAGAUGAAUUGCAGCGUUUCUCAUUAUUGUUGGAAGAAUCUGUAAAAAAUCGCGUUCGUUACACUCCUCAAUGGUGCAUCAAUUGUUCAAGUCAUAAAGGUAUUUGCAAUCAUGCUAAGGUUGCUAUUUUAUUUUCUGGUGGAAUUGACUGCUCGAUUUUAGCAGUGUUAUCGAACAAGUACAUUAAGGAUGAUGAUCCGAUCGACCUCAUAAAUGUAGCAUUUGAAAGACUGAGCUCAGGUCUAGAAAACAAUUGGGAUGUACCUGAUAGAUUGUCUGCCAAAAAUUCUUUUGCUGAAUUAAAAAAGUUAUAUCCACAAAGAAAUUGGAAUUAUGUAGAAGUUAAUGUAUCGCGACAAGAACUUUAUUGUAAUUUGCAGAAGCAUAUUAAACAUCUUAUAUUUCCUUUAAAUACUGUUUUGGAUGAAACUAUUGGUUGUGCAUUUUGGUUUGCUUCCCGCGGUAAAGGCAUAUGCUUAGGAAAGGAGUAUUUGUCAUCAGCAAGGGUCGUUUUGGUUGGUAGUGGUGCAGAUGAGCUGUUCGGAGGAUAUACACGGCACAGAAAUGCGUUUUCACGUUUUAAAGGGACUGAAACCGAGAAACUCGAAACCCUUCGCGAAGAAUUAGAUAAGGAUUGGAGCCGGAUUUGGGCUCGUAAUUUAGGACGCGAUGAUAGAAUUGUAGCAGAUAAUGGUAAAACAUUAAGAGCGCCUUUCAUUGAAGAACAUCUGGUUCACUACGUUCGCAGUUUCUCACCUUCGCAGCUUUGUUGCUUUCUGCUGAAAGAAGGAGUAGGCGAUAAAUUAUUUUUACGUUUAUAUGGUUUUCAAAUAGGUUUAAAAAAUAUAGCUUAUAUGAAAAAAAGAGCAAUUCAGUUUGGAUCAAAAAUAGCAAAUAAGAAACAAAAUGCAACUGAUCGUUCAAUUUACUUGUAAUAUAAUAUGCAUUGAAAAAUUAAAAGUCCGAAUUUGAUUGCUAACUUUUCUACUUUUACCAAACCAUUUAUGUAGGAUUACAGGAUUGAUACCCAGUAUCUGGCGCAUAUUUCUGGCAAGCCUGAGACUUUCACUUCAGUUUUUUGAUAGCUAUACUAUUUUAUUUGUUUUGCGUAUAGUUUUUUCUCUUUUUCACCAAGUUUUUGCAUUUUUUUCAAUCAAUGAAGCGCUUCAAUACAGCGAACAUACUUGGCUGGCGACAUUUUGAAAAUGAAAUAUCAGCAUUCAAAUGCCCACAUAAACAGAGCUUUUCUGUGCACUUUACAAAUUCAACAAAUUUCUAAUUUAUAAAAAUUUUGAAAUUUAUCAAGCAUUUCGUAUUCUGUGUCUAAAAAAAAACUAUUUUCUUGAUAAAUUGUUACUAAGCCAAAUGCUCUUCACAGCAUGUGUUUUUUUACAAAUAAAAUAUCUGGAUAUGGAUAGUUGUGAAAGUGAAUUUGUUGCAAUGGAAGAUAUUUUACUUUUUUUAUUUUUUACAAAGAGGGAAAUUGUGAACAUGGUGAUGGACUGCGUUAUUCAGAGGCUUUUAUAUUAAGAUUGUUAUUUUUCCUUUUUUUGUAUAAAAUAAAUGAAGAUAAUGCAGGUAACUUUGUCGAAAUUGAUUUCACUAUAUUGCAUACGAUUUCAGCCUAUCAAAUUUUUGGCAAUAAAUGACAAAGUUUAGAUUUUCAUAGCCCCAAGGAACUUUUUUGAAGCUAAGCAUAACAACCAACUCAACAUCUCCAAACGCAGCUGGUUCUACGCCACCGGAGUUGACCCGGAUUUUAUCAAAGGCUGGAGAUCUAACCCUGUUUGGAUCGAUUAGUUUUAAGUCUAGUUGUACGUCAUUGGAGCAACGCCUUGCAGCAGGGUUGCUCCAUAUCCUCUUACUCCGGGCUGGCAUCGAGUCCAACCCAGAGCCUGAGGUAUUUUUCUGCUGCGUAUGAGCUAAAAGGCUCCAUCCAAACGCAAUACUGCGACUGUUGCCUCUACGGCAGUGCAACUUGCACCUAGUUCGCGCAACGCACCGUCACCCUCAGUGAGUGGCCAACUUAGGGCCCCUACGGCCCCAGGAGCUCAAGUAGACAGCAUGACUCCGUGUGUCAGACCGUAAUACGUCGGAAUGUGACCUCAGUCAGAUGCAAUUCCUGCACUGGCUGGUGUCAUUUUUCGACGUGUUUCGGCCUGCGCACCACACGUGAGUGGAGUGUAUCGUACGUUGCCCCAUGCUGUAAUAGGAGUCUGCCCCCGCAACCAACAACAUCGGAGUCGCCAAACAACACCGAAGUGCGACAUUUUCCUUUGCGGGUAACACAGCUGCAACAACCUCCACCUGUACGUCACUCCCUCACUCCCAGGGUCACGACAGCAAGACACGCGACCAAGACACACCCGACUCUUACAAUUUAACUGCAACGGGCUCGAAGGUGAUAUCGACCGCAGGGACACUAUCCUAGAAUGUCAGGGUAUAGCUGUCCGGUCAGGCGAUGUCGAGCUCGAAAUAUUUAAUAUAUACAUCCCCCCAGUUACAAGUUGCCCAAGGAUAUCACUCGAAUAUUAGUGCGCGACUUCGUGGUGAAAACCGACAGGUACCUGGCGACUUUAACGCGCACCACGAUCUUUGGCAUUCUUGCCUGUCAAGUUAUCGGAGAGGGAUGGAGCUGGCAGAAAAGAUAGACGAUUCGAAAUUCUGCACAAUGAAUGACGAAGCCCCUACCAGGAUUAUGAGCACUUGCAGCAGCUUGCCAGACAUCACCAUUGCUAGCGGUGGUCUCUCUCUUCAUCUCUCUCUUCGACCUGUGCUCUUGCAUAAGACCAUCUGCCCAUAAUUAUCUCGAUUGAAAAACCUCCCGACUUUAUUUCUGCGGACAACCGCGCCUAUGUUAACUUUAAUAAAGCUAACUGGGACGGCUUCACAGAAUUCACUGAGAAUGCCUUCGCCGCUCUUCCCAUUUCUACGGACGUAAUCGUUGGCGAACGUCAAUUCCGCAAGGUGAUCACCGAUGCUACUGCUCGUUUCUUACCAGCCGGAAGAAUUGCUAAUAUGCGCCCCAAUUUCCCGGCUGAAGCGGCAGUUUUAGCAAAUGAGCGUGACUCCUUACGCCAGGUCGAUCCCUGUGAUCCCCGUAUAAGGGAUCUCAAUUUGGAGAUUCGAUAACUGGUAAAUAACUAUUAGCGGGCGAAAUGGGUAGAGCAUUUGAAGUCCUGUAAUCUUUCCACUGGUGUGAGCAAGCUCUGGUCAACCGUCAAAUCCCUGUCAAACCCCAGGAGACAUGACGACAGGGUUGAAAUUCAAUUCGGUAUCCAUGCCUCCUCGGACCCGGAGAGGGGCGCGAGCUAUUUUAGCCGACAAUUCAUACUGCACCCCCCGGUUGACAAGGCUAAAAGACGUGUCACCAGACGGCUGCGCAAUAUGCGAAACAGCGGCGCGCCACUUGUUUUCACCAGUGGGGAGGUUCAGGAGGUCAUCAGGAAGACCAAGUCCUCCAAAGCCAUCGGCCCUGACGGAAUCAAUUCUUUAAUGUUAAAACACCUGGGUUCAACGGGAGUAGAAUAUCUCGCCAAGGUACUUAAUCUUUCGCUAACCAAUCUUAAAAUACCCGAUAUGGAGAAAAUCGGAAGAGUGGUUCCACUACUGAAUCCUGGGAAACCCGCCAACCUAGAGGAGUCCUAUCGCGCGAUAACUCUCCUCUCUCCAGUAGUGGAGACACUUGAGGCCUUACUGCUCCCGACACUCACAUAUCACCUGAACCUAGCAGAACAUCAACAUGGUUUCCGUAAAGUGCACAGUAUCACUACAGCACUUAGCGUCAUAAACGCCCAGAUAGUUCAUGGUCUUAAUCAAAAACCACCCUGUAAGAGAACCGUCCUAGAAGCGUUGGACCUGUCAAAAGCUUUUGACACGGUCAACUUAACAACGCUACUAGAAGACAUGGAACAAUCAACACUUUCUCCGGGGCUGAAGAGAUGGAUUAUGAACUACCUGAGCGGUCGACAAUCAUCUGUAUUAUUUCGAGGUAAAACAUUGAAACUUAGACAAAUUAAACAAGGGAUUCCACAGGGCGGUGUCCUCUCCCAGUUACUGUUUAAUUCCUAUAUAUUUAAACUCCCUCAACCACCAGAGGGAAUUUAUGUUACCUCCUACACAGAUGAUUGUACGAUAAUGACGUCAGGCACUGGCAUCGAUGACAUGUGUUCGAAAGUGAACAGCUACCUCGAACUUUCUCGCUUCUUCCCUGCGAGGAGCCUGGCACUCGCACCCACCAAAUCCACGGCGACCCUUUUUACCAAUUGGACGAAGGAGUACAGACUAACAUUCACGUCGCGACGUCGACGCGUCGAUGGCACACCAAUUUGAACAGUAAACAAUCCCCAGAUUUUGGGAGUCACAUUUGACAGUCCGCACUCCUUCACUCCACACACGACUGCGAUAGUCAAUAAAGUACAGAGCCGCAACAAAAUCCUCAAGUCGCUAGCUGGUAGCACUUAGGGAAAGGACAAAGAAACGUUGCUGGCCACUUACAAGGCAAUCGGCCGGCCGGUCGUAAAUUACGCAGCACCGGUAUGGUCGCCUGGAUGCAGUGACACGCAGCAGAGGAAGCUACAGACGUGCCAAAACACCGCACUCCGAACAGCAACAGGAUACCUCUUAAUGUCACUAAUGACACAUCUUCACAGUGAGGCCAUUAUGCUGCCUAUUAAGGAGCAUAACGAACUGCUUAUCAAGCAGUUUCUACUUGGGUGUUUUCGUAGAAAUCACCCAUGUAGUCACUUGCUGGAAGCGGAACCGCCCCCUAGGUGCAUCAAGAUAUCAUUCCUACAACACGUCGACGAACUCAAUCCAUAUACCGACCAGACUGCGGACGCAAACAGUUUUAGACACGCACGCCAGUGAAUGGCGUCCUUGGAACCAAACCACCACCUAUAGCAGACAAGGAGCUUGAGUUGCCACGUGAAACCAGAGUGACCCUUGCGCAACUUCGAUCUGGAUAUUGUAGCAGGUUAAACUCCUACUUAUCCAGACUGAACCCCGACAUGCAAAAUACUUGUCCCGCAUGCAAUGAGUCCCCGCAUGAUACUAACCACCUCUUUGCAUGCCCACGAACCCUACUCAUCUAACACCCCUUUCCCUUUGGUCCAGCCCUGUCGAAACAGCACGUUUCCUGGGCCUCCCGUUAGAUGAUUUCGACGACAACUAAAUUUAUGCUUUUAGAUAACCGCUACAAUAACAACAACCAACCAACUAAAUCAAAAUUGCAUUCCAAAUAUUUUUAAAUAUAUUACAAAGAACAUAUGUAUAUGUAUUAUAUUAGCGGUUGUGUGAAUCCCUGCGAUCUGAUUAUCAACCUCAUGUCCGCGCGGCACCCUCUGUAUGGUUAGCAAACGAGGUCCUAGCGACCGAGUAAAGGCCGUAUAAUCUUAUCACCUGCAUAAAAACCGGAUAGAUAGACUGAUCUUAAACCAAACUUAUCCACGAAACAAACACUAAUCAAAAUAACGACCUUUAGCAUGAAAAAUAAGGCCAGAUUCUGAGCAUGGAAUAUUUGCGCAUUCUCAGAAACUUAACUAGCCAAAGAGCACAAGACUUACUGUUAAAUCAAUGUUAAAUUAUUAACUAUUUAUAACAAAUAUUGAAAUGGAUUUGCAAACUUACGUUAUAGAAUCAUUAAAUUCAAUUUUUCAAUUCAGUUCGAAUAUAAUUAGACAGAAAUCAGCUGUUUCUGUUAACAUUAUUUUGUUUCCCAUACUUGUGGGGAAAAGCUUUUUAUUUUAUCAAAAUUGUCAUAUAAUACCAAAAAAUUUAUUACUUGAUACAUAUCUGAAAAAAUUUUCAAUUUACUUGUUAUUUUGUGAAUUGCACACAAUAGGGCUGAAAAUGUCUGCUAUCGGUCAUAGCAAUCGGUUUGAAAGUUCAGAUGAUAGAAAUAUUUGCCUGUCGAGAUGUGGGGUUAUGUCGUCGAUGUAUUGCAAGAGCGACUUCUUGAUGACGCGGUUACUCUGCCAGCAGAUAACUAUAUGGGUGAAUUUUACGAAAAUACGGUGCGGUAUUCUGGCACAUUUGUCUGUUGGUUUCUGAUUAAGCCCAUGAACUAUCCGAGCGUUUAGAAUGCUGAAUGUAAUGAUUGCCAGAAGUAACAAAGCGUUAGGAGUCUCUACUAAUGGUAAAAGUAGAGUUAUCGAACGAUAAGAUUCCCCUUGGUUGGCGGGGUUCCCAGGUUUCCACUCUUCCAGGACCGCUUUUCUGAUUUUUCGCAUAUUAGGUAUUUUAAGAGUUUAAAGGGGGGGGGUAAGGUUCGACAACUUUUUUCUUCAUUUCUUUAAUUUUUUUUCUGAACCAACAACAUCUCAAGAAUAUUGUGUGAAAGUUUUAGGUCAUUCGGAGAACAACUAACGACUAACUAACAACUAACGGUACCUCCAGCUACCUGCGCUGAGUGUACAAAACUUUUAAUCGAUUUUCCCAAAUAUGUCAUUUUUAAAGUCGGUGACCCGCCUACAGAAAAAACUACUGCAUCGAUCGUUUUGAAAUUUUGAACAAAUAUUAUACAUAUAUAUAGCUCUCGAAUGACGUCGAGUUUUUAUUUUGUAAUUACUAACAAUUUUACAAUAACAAAUAGGUCGAUUUUUUCGUCUAAAAUCGUAAUUUUGGCUUGAAAAUGGUACCAAAAAUUUAAAAAUUGAAAAAUUAAAAAAAACUCGACGUCAAUUGAAAGAUAAACUAAUAAACUAAAGAAAGCAUUUUGAUUUUUUGGUUUCGGAUGAUUCAGUGAUGCUGUAGGCUGGUCACCGCACAACAACUUUUUUUCGAGGUGCCUGCAGAGAUCGACGAUAAAUCCGUUAUUCCUCGCUAUUUUUCGAUAAAACUUUUUUUAAGUAUCCUUCAAACCGGACUAUCGGCUAUCGGAAUUGAAUUUCAACUCGAUCGUCUUGUCUCCUUUGGUUUGACAGGGAUUUGACGAUUGACCAGAGUUUACUCACACCAUUGGAGAGAUUGCAGGACUUCAAAUGCUCUAUCCAUUUCGCCCGCUUAUGAUUACUUACCAGUUGUCGAAUCUUAAAAUUGAGAUCCCUUAUUCGUGGGUCACAGGGAUCGACCUGGCGUUUGGUACCUCGUUUACUAAAACUCAUUCUUUAUGAAUUCUGUGAAGCCGACAUAGUUAGCUUUGUUAAAAUUAAGAACGGUGUGGUUGUUCGCAAAAAUAAAUUCGGGGGUUUAUCAAUUGAGAUAAUUAUGAUGCGAUAGCUUGCAUAAGUCGCCAGGUUCUGCAGUUUAUCAGGCCACCGCUAGCAAUAGUGACGUCUGGCGAGCUGCUGCCGGUGCUCACAUUUCUGGUGGGGGCCUCGUCAUUUAUUUAGCAGAAUGUCGAAUCGUUUAUCUGUUCUUCCCGCUUCAUUCCUCUAUGAUCUUUUGGCAAGGGAUCAUUUGGGAUUCUUGCCAAGUACCAAACGGUUUUCGUCACGAAGUCGCUAAUAUUCGGCGAUAUCCUGUUGGACAUUAUAUAUAUUAAAUAUUUCGAACUCGACAUCGGCUGACCGGAUGCCUAUACGCUGACAUUCUAUGGUAAUGUUCCUGCGGUCGAAGUCGCCAUCGUUUAAACGAUAUUGCACUGUGUUGUGUAAGAUGAAUGCUAGGCCACCAUCACUGUCUCGCUCGCGAGGUUUACGUAUAAUCUUAGAGGCUGUUUAACUUGGUUACUUUGGCUGCAGCUAUUGAUACGCCUUCCCAAUGUUGCUCUGGAGUUCGUAGCAGUUGAAUUGUAAAAGUCGAGUACGUCUUGAUGUAUCUGUCGUGACCCGGAGAGUGAGGGUAUGACGUAUAGGUGGAUGUUGUUGUGCUGUGUUACCCGCAGGGGAAGUUUUUGCACUACGGUGUUGUUGUGGAUAAAAUCCGGAUCAAUUCCAGUAAUGUAGAACCUGCUGUGGUGAGAAGUGAUUUUAUUUAAUUCUCCUUUUAUUAUAUACGUAUAGUGCAAUAUUAUAGAUAUUUCAAUGAUAUUGAAUUUUAAUAGUUGUUUUGUACAUUUUUAUAUAUAUCCAAGACAUAUUUGCUUAAUUGUAAGAAUGGCAAACCAAUUCUGAUCUUCAAUGGUGUCACACAAUCUGAUUGGAUUUUCAUAUUUUCGAAUACAAGCAAAACCAAUAUUCGAACCAGUUGUACCACUUUUUAUUCAUGGGGCAAAAUUAACAAAGCAUUUUUUUGUAUUUUUUAUCACAUUAUUACUUCAAAAUAUUGAUUAAACUCGUAAAAUUUCAGCUUCUUCUUUAUUGGACAAUGGAAGCUACUUUCCUUGUGAUGAUUUGCGCUUCGCAUAUUAACAUAAAAUUUUAAGGAAUCACAGUAGUUCAGUUUAUUGUCAAGGGAAGUCGAAUAUUUUAUUAAAUAAACAGAUUUCAAUAUUUAUGAACUAUUAACAGGCCCGGCCACAUGUUUUCGUGGCUAAGGUAUACAUUAAAUUAAUUUGGUCCAAUCUUGGCUUCGGCGACGAUAUUGAUUACUCGAGGUUGAUUUAUGUUACGCAGCAUGAUGACAACUCACACUACUUUUAAUUGCAAAGUGAGUGGUGAUAGUACUGGCAAUUUUAAAUAGUUUGGGAUAAUUGACUACGUCAUCCUGGUUUGUAACUGUGUCAACUCUCUUGGACCGAAAUUCUAAAUUCUUUUUUUUUACCACCAAUAUAGUUCAUUCAAUCAGUCAUUUAUGGUUAUCAUAUUGAGGUUUCAUGCCAGGAAAACCUCUCUUUCGAGUCAUUGAAGUGACAGAAAUCUGUUGGAAAUGCUAUUAAUCCAUCGAGGUGUCAACUGCCAACUGCUUCUACAUUCGCAAUUUGAUAUUGUUGCAAAAACACUCAUAUGCUAGUUUUUAAUUGGCGAUUCUUUAUGUGUCGCCACAAAUUAAAUGAUUUUAGGCAUGCGAUUAGCCCGUUAGUAACAGUUGAUCCAGGAAUAAUUGUAAGAGUCUGGCGUAAAUCACCUGCUAACAGAAUCCUGGCUCCACCAAAAACGUUCAUCGACAAUCAAGAUCUUUUAAAGUCCUGUGCCGGACCUCCAGCGACUUCUUGAAUAUUUGGAAAAUCUUCGUUAUAGCGCUAUUUUUGGCGAUUUUGCAGACUGGUGUUUCGUUCAUUAGCAAUUUAGGAGUAAUUUCAAGCCCGAAUGUACCUUUUCUUUGCCUACUAAAAGGUGCCAAUUUGCCCCUAUACCCGUUAACCUUGGUGGUAAAAAUGAGUGAAAUUGGUUCUGGAAUUACAUCAGCCCUCAUAUACUAUAUACAAUUAAUUCCUAUUGGACUUUAUGUCGAAUAUAUAGGUCAAAUUUUGUGUUAUCAAUCUUUCAAAUUGUUUUGGGCUAUCGACACAACCUUAUACAAUUGCAUGAUUCAAUUAUAAAAGGUUUGAUAAGUAAACAGCUUUCUCGCUCUAUUUUGACACCCCUUCUGCGUUAGCAAAACAAUAAUGUUUCUUCCAAAAUCUAACCAGAAAAUUGUUCAAAAAUUUGUAAAUAGUAGCAGAUAUUUACCAAUACAAGGGGUAGGCAAUACUGUACAAAUUUUCUCGGUUUUUUCGUGAUUUCAUUUGUUGACAUUUCAAUUUUGGAUUGUGUGAAUUGAGGUAAGUAUUCCGUUGAAAUUUAAUUCUUGUUUUAAAAUCGGUAAUAUUCAUUAAGAUAUAUAUUUCAGUGAGUACACUAGCGAAUCCCACCUGUGAAGAAGUUUUUUUUAAACUUAUGAACUGUGUUGAAAGUAAUCGAGUAUGUUGCAAAGAUAAACUUAAAAUAUUUGUCCAAAAAUAAAUGAUAUAAUAUAUUUUUUUGCAGGAUUGAAUAACGUUGACAUCCUCUUCGUGUUUGUAGCAAGAUUCUACAAGGUUUUUCUACACGAAUUACAUUACCUAACGUAUGUAAGUAAUUUAUUGUUUUAAAAUAAGUGCAAUUUGCUUCCAGCGGCAAAUACACUUAACUUUUGUUAUUGCAAAGAAGUGUGCAAAAUUUUAACAAUAUCACAGAUAAGUCUUUAAGUGCAUUUGCCGUUUUACACACUUUCAUAGCCACAUAGCACACAUAUGUAUACAUUUAUAUUACCAUAAAAUUCGCCAAAAUUAUACCUACUCCUUUAUUGAAUACAUAUUUAUAUUACAACUAUUUUUAAGCCGUUAGUUUAAGUUUAGGCUACGUGCUUUGAUUGAACGAAAUAAAGAUUCUCUUAUAAUUAAAUCGUAGAACAAAACACACGUAUUUAUGAUUUUAUCAAAUACCUCCUUUUUCGCGAAAGGCAAUUAGACUUUAUUCCCCCAUCCCUAGAAAUUGUAUUUUCGCUUCUCAAAAACGCUUGAGAUAUUUCAUUCGGGUUAGUUGGUUAAAUUUAUUAGACAUAAUUCAUUAAAUUUGCAUGUACUUUACAAUUAUUGAAGUUAGCAUAUGCAUAUGUACUUCAUUCAUUCAAAACUACCACCUUCAUGAAAUUUUUAACCGAACAUUUUAUACUCUCGCAAUUUAUUUAUUUGACUUUAUUUAUAUUAUGUAAUACACAAUUUGACCCACAUAUUCGUCAUAUAUAUUGUAUAAAGUCCAUUGAAAGUUGGAAACCAUAAUAUUAGGUUAGAAGCACCGAGGUCCUCGUGUUCGAUAUAUGGGGCCUUAAAAACCUAUGGUCCGAUUUCGACGAUUUUUAGAAUGGGGCUUCCACACUAUUAACAUAGUAUUUGUGCAAAGUUCUGCACUGAUAUCUUCACUAGUACUUACUUUAUAUAUUGUAAAGUAAACGAUUCGGAGGAUGGGAUCAUGUGUAGAAGUUCACGCAAGUGAGGAAAGUUUUUGAUUGUCACUCACUUGGGAGUGGCCAGAAACGAUUCUUCUCCACAUGGUUCAAGCAGCUCACGACUUCCGGUUUUAGACCAAGUAUCCUCUGGGUAGCCAACAGACAUCCGUUUGAAGGCGAGCUAAAGUGAGAAGGCGAAGCCCGCUUAUGCGGUUGUGCGUAGGGUUUGGGACCCACCACAUAAAAACACCCCCCAAUGAAAAAUCUACGAAAGCCUCGGAUGAGACACCCCCCUUUUGAUGACGACCCCUGCAAACGUUUUAAGGAUAAUGAUAUAAGGGCAUGCACCUGGAAUGUCCGGACCCUUAAUUGGGAAGGUGCCUCUGCCCAGCUGGUUGAUGUCCUCAUACGACUUAAGGCUGACAUCACCGCCAUCCAAGAAGUGCGAUGGACGGGACAAGGACGGAAGAAGGUGGGUCCUUGUGACAUCUACUACAGCGGCCAUAUAAAGAAGCGUAAAUUUGGUGUUGGAUUUGUGGUGGGAGAGAGACUCCGUCGCAAAGUCCUGGCAUUCACCCCGGUGGAUGAACGUCUAGCCACAAUCCGCAUCAAAGCGAGGUUCUUCAACAUAUCGCUGAUUUGCGCCCACGCCCCAACGGAAGAGAAGGACGAUGUGACCAAAGAUGCUUUCUAUGAGCGCCUAGAACGCACCUAUGAGCGCUGCCCCCCGCCACGAUGUAAAAGUCGUGCUUGGUGAUUUUAACGCCAGGGUGGGUAAAGAAGGUGUCUUUGGCACAACAGUCGGAAAAUUCAGCCUCCAUGACGAAACAUCGCCAAACGGCCUGAGGCUGAUCGACUUCGCUGGGGCCCGAAAUAUGGUCGUCUGUAGUACCAGAUUCCAGCAUAAGAAAAUACAUCAAGCUACUUGGCUGUCUCCUGGUCGAAACACGCGGAACCAAAUCGAUCACGUUGUGAUAGACGGAAGACAUGUCUCCUGUGUUUUAGACGUGCGUACGCUCCGAGGACCAAAUAUAGACUCGGAUCAUUAUCUGGUCGCAGCGAAGAUACGCACCCGCCUCUGUGCGGCAAAGAAUGCCCGUCAACAAACACAAGGAAGGUUCGACGUCGAAAAGCUGCAAUCGCAACAGACAGCCACGAAAUACUCUACUCGACUUGCACUCCUGCUCUCUGAGAGCACUCAUCAGCAUCUCGGUAUAAGGGAACUGUGGAACGGCAUCUCAAACUCACUGCGUACCGCUGCAGCCGAAACAAUUGGUUUUCGGCAACGACAAAAAACAAGCUGGUACGAUGAGGAGUGCCGUCUCGCAGCGGAGAGAAAACAGACUGCCUACCUCGCAACAUUGCAAACGACCACAACACGUGCGGGAUGGGAUAGAUACCGAGAGCUGAAGAGGGAAGCGAGACGCAUUUGCAGACAAAAAAAGAAAGAGGCCGAAAUGCGUGAGUACGAAGAGCUUGAGAAGCUGGCAGACAGAGGGAAUGCUCGAAAAUUUUAUGAAAAAAUGAAGCGACUUAACGAAGGUUUCAAGACCGGAGCAUCCUCAUGUAGAGACCAAGGUGGUAAUCUAGUAACCGAUGUCCAGGGCAUACUGGGAUUAUGGAGGGAACACUUCUCCGACCUGCUGAAUGGCAGUGAGAGUACAACACCAGGAGAUGGCGAACCCGAUCCCCCAAUCGAUGACGAUGGAACAGAUGUUCCAUUACCCGACCAUGAAGAAAUUCGAAUAGCAAUUACCCGCUUGAAGAACAACAAAGCAGCGGGGGCCGAUAGAUUACCGGCAGAACUAUUCAAAUACGGCGGCGAAGAACUGAUAAGGUGCAUGCAUCAGCUUCUUGGUCGGAAGAAAGCAUGCCUGACGAUUGGAAUCUCAGUGUGCUCUGCCCAAUCCAUAAAAAGGGAGAUCCCACAAUCUGCGCCAAUUACCGUGGGAUCAGCCUCCUAAAUAUCGCAUACAAGGUUCUAUCGAGCGUAUUGUGUGAAAGACUAAAGCCCACCGUCAACAAACUGAUUGGACCUUAUCAGUGUGGCUUUAGACCUGGAAAAUCGACAACUGACCAGAUAUUCACCAUGCGCCAAAUCAUGGAAAAGACCCGAGAAAAGAGGAUCGACACACACCACCUUUUUGUCGAUUUUAAAGCUGCUUUCGACAGCACGAAAAGGAGUUGCCUUUACGCCGCGAUGUCUGAAUUUGGUAUCCCCGCAAAACUAAUACGGCUGUGUAAAUUGACGUUGAGCAACACCAAAAGCUCCGUCAUGAUUGGGAAGGACCUCUCCGAGCCGUUCGAUACCAAACGAGGUUUCAGACAAGGUGACUCACUAUCGUGCGACUUCUUUAACCUGAUGCUGGAAAAAAUUAUAAGAGCUGCAGAGCUAAACCGAGAAGGUACAAUCUUCUACAAGAGUGUACAGCUCCUGGCGUACGCCGAUGAUAUUGAUAUCAUCGGAAGCAACAACCGCGCCGUUUGUUCUGCUUUUUCCCGCAUGGAUAAGGAGGCGAAGCGAAUGGGUCUGGAGGUGAAUGAGGACAAGACGAAAUAUCUCCUGUCAUCAAACAAACAGUCGGCGCAUUCGCGUCUUGGCUCCCACGUCACUGUUGACAGUCAUAACUUCGAGGUCGUAGAUAAUUUCGUAUACCUGGGAACCAGCAUCAACAACACGAACAAUGUCAGCCUCGAAAUCCAGCGCAGAAUAACUCUUGCCAACAGGUGCUACUUUGGACUGAGUAGGCAAUUGAACAGUAAAGUCCUCUCUCGACGAACCAAAAUCAAGCUCUACAAGUCACUUAUCAUUCCCGUCCUGCUUUACGGUGCAGAAGCUUGGACGAUGUCAACAUCAGAUGAGACGACACUAGGAGUUUUCGAGAGGAAAAUUUUGCGCAAGAUUUAUGGUCCUCAGAACAUUGGCAACGGCGAAUACCGCAGACGAUGGAACGAUGAGCUGUACGAGUUAUACGACGACAUUGACAUAGUUCAGCGAAUAAAAAGACAGCGGCUACGCUGGCUAGGUCAUGUUGUCCGAAUGGACGAAAACACUCCAGCCCUGAAAGUGUUGGAUGCAGUACCCGCCGGAGGAAGCCGAGGAAGGGGAAGGCCUCCACUCCGUUGGAGGGACCAGGUGGAGAGCGACCUGGUUACACUUGGGAUCUCCAACUGGCGCCGAACUGCAAAGGAGAGAGACAGGUGGCGCACUAUCGUCGAUUCGGCUAUAACCGGCUAAACGGUUGCAACGCCAAUCACAUACAUACAAACGAUUCAGAUUGUCUUCAAAGUUCUGGUAUAUAGUAAGUAGGCGUGGUUGUGAAGCGAUUUGGCCUAUUUUCACAACAUAUCAUUGGGAUGUAAGGAAACUAUUACAAACCAAGUUUCAUUGAAAUCGGUCGAGUAGUUCCUGAGAUAUGGUUUUUGACCCAUAAGUGGGCGACGCCACGCCCAUUUUCCAUUUUGUAAAAAAAUCUGAGUGCAGCUUUCAUCUGCCAUUUCUUAUGUGAAAUUUAGUGUUUCUGACAUCUUUCGUUAAUGAGUUAACCCACUUUAAGUAAUUUUCGACCUAACUUUUGUAUGGGAGGUGGGCGUGGUUAUGAUCCGAUUUCUUUCAUUUUUGGACUGUAUUAGGAAGUGGCUAAAAAAAGCGACUGCAGAAAGUUUGGUUUCUAUAGCUCUAUUGGUUUGCGAGAUAUGUAUAAAAAACUUAGUAGGGGGCGGAGCCACGCCCACUUCCCCAAAAAAAUUACAUCCAAAUAUGCCCCUUCAUAGUGCGAUCCUUAAAACCAAAUUUUAUUUCCAUAGCUUUAUUUAUAGCUUAGUUAUGGCACUUUAUGUGUUUUCAGAUUUCGCCAUUUUGUGGGCGUGGCAGUGGUCCGAUUUUGCUCAUUUUCGAAAGAAACCUUCCUAUGGUGCCAAGAAAUAAGUGUGCCAAGUUUCAUUAAGAUAUCUUAAUUUUUACUCAAGUUACAGCUUGCACAGACGGACGGACGGACAGACAGACAUUCGGAUUUGAACUCCAUUCUUCACUGUGAUCACUUUGGUAUAUAUAACCCUAUAUCUAACUCGUUUAGUUUUGGGUGCUACAAACAACCGUUAUGUGAACAAAACUAUAAUACUCUCUUUAGCAACAUUUGUUGCGAGAGUAUAAAAAUUCAAUUAAUAUAUAAAAUUAAGAAAUUGAUAACUAAGUUUAAGGGGUGUCGAAUAUUAAACACCUUUACAAGUAUACUUAUUUAUAAGCAAUCAUUAUUCAAAUAAAUGAAUUACUUAAACAAAAAACAAUACGACUUUAAAUUUCACUAACAAAAUAGAAAUCUGGUAGAAUAUAUUACGCUGGAACUCUAAUUUAGUUUUGUUAUUAAUUUAGAAUUUAAAAUGCUAAAAGCAAGUUGUGUUUUUUGCAGAACAACUUGGACGCAUGAGGGUUUUAAAUUGUUUCAAGUCCCAAAAAAUGAUUUAAAAAGAAAGAAGUGGUCAGAUUCAUGUGGAGUCGAUUUAAAACCGACUUCGAGAAUUUGUUCACUCCAUUUCUCAUUCGAAGAUUAUGUGUCUGGGUCAGACCGAAAACGCAGUAAAUUAGCAGAGGAUGCAUUACCAGUAGCUGUCGACAGCCUAUGUGAAUGGCAAGAAAAUACGCCUAAAUUUAUUGAUAGCUCAACGCAAACUGAACCAUAUGAAGAUCAAAUUGCAUUACUCGAAGCAAGAAUUGUGGAGCUUAAAGCCCAAAAUCAAUAUUUAGAAGAUCUUCAAAACAGCGUCUGUUCAAUAUUUAGUUCUGGCCAAGUAAGAAAGCUUCAAAGUCCAGAAAGAAGCAUUCAUUGGAGUUGGGAAGGCAUUGCUUAUUCCAUUGCAAUUCAUGCGGCCGGACCAAGUGAUAUACCUUUUGCUGAUAGUCUCACAAUUUUAAGUUUUGAUGAAAUGAAAGUUGAGCCCGUAUACGAAUACGAUGCGCAAAACGAUGUUGUCCGCCAACCAUGCAAUUAUGUCCAAGUUGUUAUAGCACGUGGACUUAAGUCGUCUUGGAAACAAACGGUUUUCAGUGCAUAUGAUUGCAAGAUGACAAAAACAAUUUUAGACAACAUUAUAGUGAAAAUGCAUGAUGUUGGUUUCACUGUUGUUGCAAUUGUAUCAGACAUAGGUGCGGGAAAUCAGUCCUUAUGGAAGGAAUUAAAAAUAAGAAGUGAUAAAACAUGGUUUAACAAUCCGGCAAUAGAUGGUAAAAUUUUUGUCUUUGCUGAUGUACCACAUUUACUGAAACUUAUUCGUAAUCACUUUCUCGACGUGGGAUAUGUAUACAAAGAAAAAUUGCUAACUCCGAAAACUAUAGUACAGUUGCUUGCCUUGACGUCAGCAUCAGACGCUUCCGUUGUACACAAAUUGACGGAAGAACAUCUUACGGUUCAUCAUGCUAGACGUCAAAAAGUGAAGUUGGCUGCGCAGUUAUUUUCACAUAGCACAUCAAGCGCUAUACGUAGGUGUUAUGCAUUGGGGCAUGAAAUAUAUAAUGUCAUUGAAAUCGCAGAGUUUGUGGACAUUAUAAACAAUUGGUUCGAUAUUUUUAAUUCGAAAUUAAAUACAUACCAAUCAGUUCCGUAUAAAAAGCCUUUUGGAAUGGAUUUGGCACCCUAAAUGAAAUUUUUGGGAGAUGUAGACCAUUGCAUAAGCAAUACAAGAGCUUUUGGUCGUCAGUCAUUGUUGUCAUUCUGGGAUACUGUUAAGCAACAAUUCGUUGCGUGGUUUAUAUACUUAUUUAAAAAAUAAGUAUAACAUACAUUACAUCUUAACGUAUCGACUCAACCAAAAUAUACUCGAAAACUUUUUUGGAGCAAUGCGGUCAAGGGGUGGUCUUUACGAUAACCCAAGCCCAAUGCAAUUUAAAUACAGGCUACGUAAACAUUUACUAGCCCGCAACACUGAAAUUUUCUCGUCUUGUGGAAAUAUGGAGCACGACGAAACCGAAUGGCUCAGUCUUAAUGAAGGUUUGGUGGAAAAUUUGAACCGUUUUCUAUCAGAAGAGGACCUGGUUUCGGAAGAGUUCGAAUUACCUAACGAACUCGCGUUUCCUACUGAAGUUGAUGGUGUUAAUUUCGAUCACCUGUAUGAAGAUGCAUUAGAAUAUAUUGCAGGAUUCAUCGUUAGGAAAUUGGGUUUAUCCGAACAUAUUUCGAAUGAACCGACAUAUACGUGGAUAGACGAAUUAUCGAUGGGAGCCUUAACAAAGCCAACGUCCAGCUUUUUAAAAAUUAUUAAAAGCCUUGAAACCAUUUAUAACAACUUUAAUGGUUACACAAUAAAUGGCUCAAAUAAUUACUUGCAAAAGCUCAUCGCCUGUUCGGAGGAUAUAUGUGCUAACUCUGAUGUAAGAAGGCUAUUUUUUAAGACAUAGACAAAAUUCGUCGAAGUUCUGCAAGAACAAAUAGCGCUCGACAAAACUACCAAGUCACAAUGCAAAAAAAAAAAAAAAAAAACAA